AUGGGAUGUAUAUCUUCAAAAUCAACCGAAUCUAAUGAUUCUCAAAAUACACAAUCCAACUCAGAAUUUCGAUACGUAGAUGGUAGAAGAUUUCAUAAUGUAGAAAAUUCUGCAUAUCCUCUACCAAAUGAUGAUGACGAAUUAGAUAGGCUACAUUCACAACAUUUCUUUGUAAGAUAUCUCUUUCAAAGCAACUUUUCUGCACCUAUAGGACAUCUUUUGUCUAACCCAGAAACAAAAAUUCUCGAUAUUGGAAAAUUAACAUAUGUUCAUAAUAAAAUUACUACUACUGAAUUUGUAAUUCGAAAUGUUUUGGAAGGAUUACCAUUUGGUGAUGAUUCUUUUGACUUUGUGUUUCAACGAUUUUUGUUUAUAGGAUAUCCCAAAGAGAAGUGGCCAUUUGUAAUAAAUGAGAUAGUUAGAGUUUUAAAACCAGGUGGAUUCUUAGAAUUAUGCGAACCUUCUCAAAUGUAUAAUAUAGGACCAGCAACAAAACGUUUAGUUGAUGGUGAAAUGGAAAUAUUUGAACAACGAAACCUGGAUUGUCGUAUUCAUCUAAAGUUAGAGGAUUAUUUGAAAAAUCAAGGUCAAUUAGAAAAUAUUAAAAAAGUAGCAAAAGAAAUUCAUCACGGCAUAAAAUCUAAUAACAUCAAUCUUAGCAAAGUGGCAAUCAAUAAUUUUGUUACAGCGUAUACUAGUUUUAAAUCAAAUUUAUUAAAAACGUUGCAAAUUUCUGAAGAUGAAUUUAAUGAGUUGGCUAAAGUGUCAGAAAAAGAAUUAUUUGAUUUUGAUAGUUAUUUUCAUUUCAUCCGUUUUUAUGCAAGUAAAGUUGUUAAUAAUAAUAAGAAUUAA